ACUGACAGAUGUAGUAUGCGCUGUUAAAGAGCAUAAAUAUUGUUUUUUUUUUAAAUAAAUAGCAAUAAAAUAAACUCUUAUCAGCGCCCAUCAAGUGUUUUUUUGCUAUGAAAAUGGUAUUUUUAUUUGUGUGAUGAACUUAGUUCGUCUUAGGCAUUCGUUGAAAAAUUGCGGUGUAUUGUUCGUCGACUAAAAAAUGAAUUCGGUUCACGGCAAGCGAUCAUUGCUGAAAGAUGUGCUGAGUCGUGACUUCAAAGCGGCAGAUCUUCAGAUAUCCUUGUUUGUAGCUGCUGCCCGGUCCUUUAAGUACGAUUCUUGUCUACAACCUUUCCCACCGGAAUAUCUCGUCAAUGGUGAAAAAAAUAUCGAGGAGCUGAAACGAAUUUUGGAUGAGUUUCCAAAAUUGCACGAACUAAAUCUGGACAAUUUAGGAGACCGAGCCGUAUGUCUUCUGUUUUGGAUUUUGUGUACACAAUCCGGCCCUCGAUUGAGAACCGUUCCACAGACUGAAUUUGAUUCAGUGUUGGCAAAUGCUCCCUGCCAGGCUACGUUUCAACGUCCACAGUUGAUAUUUCAGGUUCUACACCCAGAUGACUCGCAUUCAGAGAGAAAGUUCCGACAGAAUCUGGAUUGUUUUCCGACUCAUCAUGCAUACCACGGCAGUAAAGUGUUCAAUUUUUAUUCCAUACUGAGCUACGGUUUGCAACAGCAUUUGAAUAAGACUGCCCUAUUUGGGGAAGGAAUUUACCUGUCGGCGGAGCUGCACGUUAGUCAAAUGUUUUCUCCGACGGGUGCCGGUUGGACCAAAUCUACGUUGGGCAGCCAUCUCGCCUGUACUGCUCUUUGUGAGUACAUUGACAAUCCCGCCUAUGUGAAGUGUCAGGAAGAAAAUCAGAGUACAACGGAUAUACCGGAGAAGUAUAUUCUAGUAAAGAAUAAUGAUCUCAUUCAGGUGAGAUAUUUGCUGGUUUAUAGCAGCAAACGAACGGUGGACUCUAUCAGCACAACAAAUAGAACCGUAAAUCGACUGAUGACGGAUCAAGGUGCCAGACCGGUUGUUCCAAAUCGUUAUGUACGAUGGAUGACAUCGAAUAAGAGUUGGUUACUUGCUGGAGGCUAUUUUUGCAUGCUACUUGCCAUUGGUAUGAUGAACAGCAGGAAUGCUCACUACAUGAAGCAAAUGUUUUGGCAAAAGAUUAAUGCGUUUUUUGGUGGUGUUACGGAGGGUGAAUCCUAGAUGACGGGACUUUCGGUCGUAGGGCUUUUGAGCCCGAAAAAUAAACUUGAUGUGAUUAGACAUAAUGAGUUAGAAUAAAUAUAUUUUAAAUAGUCA